ACCUAGGAUAGCAAAAACAACAACGGCCAAGAGUGCAGCUGCAGGCAGACAAAAGAAAAAGGCAGAAUAAUAUAAAAGGGAGCGCUGUCAGUUGCAUUCUAUUCAUUCGAGCAAAAACUGUCCAAGCGAACACGUCGCGGCCAAGAGUGAUAGAAGAAAGUGAUCAAGAUCAAAGUGAUAUUUAGUUUACUAUACGAAAAUCAAAGUAUGGCGGAUACCAAGAGCAGCUUGAAGAUCCUAUUCCGAGGCAAAACGAACCUCAUCACUUGUGGACUCUCCAACACCUACGAAGAGGUCAUCUCCCAAGCCAUAUCCCGUUUCGGUAUCCCCAAGGAUCAGAGGGACGCCCUGAUUCUGACCAAUGGCGAGGACUACGUUUUCGAGGCUCAUUUGCUGGAGUAUUUCCUUCUCCUGUUUCCCUGCCCGGAGAUGACCUUUCAUUUGAGGAUCGACUGGUCGCUGAUGCGGCGAAGUCUUAGUCAAAUUGAGUCCCGCAAGCGAAAGCGUCCAAUCGACCAGGACCAGGAUCAGGAUAAGGCUGAUGAACAGAAAACGGAAGAAGACGAAGAAAAGGAGCCACCGAUGCAGGAGUACAAGCCGGUGCCCGUUUACCGGAUGAACUGCUUCCUGGGAUCGCUGCCCAGUUCAGGAGCUGUUCCCGUUCAUCGCCAGAAUAGCUUCCUCAGGGAGCAACCGCAGCAGGUGGUCGAGAUUCCCCUGCCCCGAUUGCAGGACGAGGAUCUUCAACAGCAGGAGCCACUGAAGAAGCGCCUUCGCUUGGAGGCCUGCGGAAAGUCCAGACGCACUGCGUCCACCUCAGUAGUUUCCCCCCAAGUUCCUGUCAUGCGCUCGAUUCGCAUCUGAGUCGCUGAUCAGCAUUUGUACAUAGCUAUAGUACGUAUACGAUACUCCACUCAAAUGUAGUCAUAAGCUAAAUGGUUGAACCGCUGUUCCUAAGACUAACUCUAAUUCCUAUCACACCAAACAAUCGUCCAAAAUCUAAUGUAAAUAACUAGGUAUACUAAAUAUUUUUGUUAAUAUUUUAAGUGACAGGUUUUUUCUACCCUGUCUGCUGUCUUUGGGCAGCAUAUAAUUUAAGAUUUAACUGAUUACCUAAUUCUUUUAGUUUCGAAAAACAAACUCACUUUUAUAUAAAUUAAUCUCACGUACAAUUCCAUUUUGGCUCUUUUUACAAAUUACUUUUUCAAUUGAAAUUAUUUUAUGGAUUCACGAAAUCUUUUAAUUUAAAAAACAAAUGUACUCUUUUUAAUGCAAAUAUCUUCUUUCAAUUCAAACAACAUCCUGAACAAUACUUUGCUAAUUUUUAAGACUUUUAGUCACCUUGAAAUGUUAAAAUUCAAUAAAAAUAAAGUAAAUAUAUUUUUCAAAAUUA